CCGAGCCACCAAACCUUCGUUCCACAACAACACGACCGCUGGAAACUUUGCCUUUUUUUUUUUUUUUUGCGGGGGGGAGCGGGAGACCGACAUGAGUGCUGAGGACGACUCGACGCAAAACGUCUGCGUGACUCUCCGUAACCUGCUCAACUCCGUCCAGUGCGUCACGGGCCGGGUUCGAGACGGAGAGUCCAACGAGUCUGACGGAGACUUCAACCUCUCCAACUUUUGGGACACUUUGAACCAGGCGGUGAAGGCAGUGUCUCAGGAAGCCACCAAAGUCAGCCUCAUCUUCUCCAAGCCGCCGCUGCCGUCACAGCAGGAUGGAGAGCAGCUGGCCGAGUCCGUCCUCAAGAGCGUCCUCAGCCUCUCCGCCGUUUAUUACUGGCUUCCCAAGAGCCAAGGUGUCAGUCUGCGUCAGCAAGUCCGAGACGCCACCGUGCAGGUUCUGGAGGGGUUGACGCAGCUCCUGGAGGUCAUCCUCAGUUCACCACUACAAAGUCUGACUCAAGAGCAGUUGACGUCAACGGGAGGCGUGUGGUCAGCGUGUGACCGCUUUACCCACCUACCUCAAGACAAUAAGGCUGCGGUGCUGCUGGUUCUAACCGGUCAGAGCGGCAUCGUGAAAGACGCCAUCGAGGAGUUGGAGCAGGCGUUGUCCGAGGCCCACGAUCCAUUCGGCGACUUCCUGGGCGACGAGGAGGAUGGCGAGGAGCCGCGGGGCAACCGGGACACUUACUGGUCGGAACGGGACCGCCGCGUGGUGGCCGCCUGCCGGGGGAUGAUGAAGGCGGCCGCCGCCUGUCUGAGGAAAAUGACGGCGGCCGUCAGGGUCCACGGGGACGCCGACGCGCCACACAGGGUGGCGCAGCUGGACGACCUGGUAGACGGCGUCAAGGAAAUCAGCCCCCAAAUUGACGACCUGGCGUUGUCUCUCUACCCACCUGUGGACUACAACAGUGUGGAGAACGAUGUUUCUAAACUGGCUGCGCUGUUGAAGAAAGUUCUCGGCAUCAUUCGGUCCAGUCACAUCUGCGGUGAGGCCGAGCUAACCUGGGUUCAGUUCUUGGACGGAGCCGUGGACCACAACCUCCAAAAAGCCAAAGAUCUUAUUCGGCUGGACAGUUAGUGUGUGUGUGUGUGUGUGUGUGUGUGUGUGUGUGUAACAUUUUCACUCUUGAUUUACAACAGAGUGGAAGGCAUCAUUUAUGAUCACCUGCUUCACGUUUCUCUUUGAGGUUUUAUUAUUUUUGGGCCUCCUAAAAUUUGCUAAGUUUCUUUGUCCGCCGAAUAAACUGCUUUUCAAAAACUCACCUACUUUUGUGCUCAUCCCAGUGGAAAUUAAAAUCUGAUUGGAAUCAACGACGUGACGUGAAGAACGAAAAGUCUCAAGAACAUACAUGCAAAUCAGUCGCCUUGAGGUGAAAUUCGCCAUUUUGAACUCAAAAUAAUCAAAUUUCAGUGAAUCGUAAAAAAAAAAAUCGUUGAAGUCUAGUUCAUCUCACACGACAUCUUCUGUUGGGCACAGGUAUUCAGACUAGAAAAGCCAGCCCGGCUGAUCGUCGUGCCUACGUGGCGUCCACGUUGGGAAGGUCGUCGUUACCAUGAAGGCAACGGCGCGCAACUCGUCAUGUUUACAUGUAGACGAACAAAAACAACAGCUUUCGUGUAUUUUUCGGCACCGUGUGCCCAAACGUGGGUGUUUCAGCUCACUUAUAACUUGAGAAAACACCGUGCAGUCAAUUGCAGAUGUUUUGUUGUAGUUUUGACUGUGCAUACACACGCCCACUCACAGCAUCAGAAUUUGCAUUUUAUUUUGUCAUUUUUUUUAUUGAUGUUCAUGCUGUCGUUAAAACAAAUCAGAUGUUACUCACUAUGUACUCAGUACUUGAGUAAUUAUUUCACUGUGUACUUCUUACUCUUACUAGAGUCAUUUUUUGGAGGACUACUUUUGACUUUGACUUGAGUCACCUUAUCGUCAAGGGAGGAUAAUAUUUGGCUACUCUCCCCACCUCUGGAGCGGACGUCCUCGAUUGCUACUGUUACGUUGAAGCGACAUUUUUGCUCAUCAGAUCAGCCCGUGUCGUAUUUGUUGCACUGGUCUUUUGUAUUUUCGCGUUGAGGCGCUGCAGGUCGCGGGCCUGGUUGCGGUCCCAGCGAAGCACACGUAACAUCGGCGACAAGGGUUGAUCCGCUUGUAAAUACUGUAUUAAUUAGGAAACGCAUUUAGCUAAUCCGUUCACGGAUGUUAAAGUUAAAUGUAUUAAGCGACGAAGCGAUGUUCGGAAUGAACUAACUUCAAAUUUAGCAAUGGCCAAUAAAAACAAAAACAUAUUGUACAUGUUUUUCUGGAGGAUGCGUUUGGGAUGAGGCUUUGAAGUUGCUAAUAGUGAAAAAUUAAGCGCGAUGGGAAAAAAAUGGUAUAUAUUAUCGCAUAAAGACACAUUGUUGCUGUAACUGCAUAAAGACGAUAGCACCCUUGUUCACGGCAAACAAGAGUAGUUUGGAAAAGUACAUCGAGACUGACCCCAUAUUGAUAACAAACAAGUCCUUCAAAGGUCACGGAAUGUGAUACCACCUACUCAAGCUUUAUGCUAAAUUGAGAAUAUGUGUAGGUUUACAGAAUAACCCUGACAUCGAACUUGGUCCUUGGAGCCGGAUGCCAAUAUAUCUGCGAUCGUGGGGGUGUUGCUGACGGCGACUGAAGCCAGUGCGCAGACAGAUGAGAAACUGAAAAAGAAGUCCACUUUCCGUGGCCGGUCGCGACAGCCUCCCCCCCAGGGUCGCGGUCCGACGGCAUCCAGAACGAACGGCGCCAAUUGAGACGGGGAGAAAACGCAAGCCGUGAGUUUUGUUGUUUAAGCGCUUAGAACAAAAAGGAGGGUUAUAGUCUCUGCCUAAAAAAAGCAGGAUUCUUAGUCCGGUGCUAUAAAGGAGGGUUCGAGUCCCUGCCUAGAAGAGUGGGGUUUUAGUCUCGCACUCAAUACAAAGCCAGGGUUAAAGUCCCGUGUUCGGUACGUACGAUAUUGUGUGUGAGUUUGAGUGAUUGUGUGUGUCUGCAACGAGUCACCAAACGCUGAAGCAGCGGGACAGCUCGAAAACCGAACGCUGUUAACUUAAACCUGUUAGGUUCACGUGAAGUAAGUGAAUGGUGACAAGUCGUUGAUGUUUUGGCAGUCAAAAGGUGAAUCUAAAACAAGUCAAACCUGUGAUAAGGUUGAGCUUGCGCCACUGGGAGAUUUUCACUCGGUUUGUUUGCUGCAAAUAUUGUCAUCGUUACCAGAAAAUGCGAAAUGGUUGUUGCAAGGAUCAGAGUGGCGAGGAGAUCACAGGAGAUGGGGGGGAAAAAAGUAUGGAGGGAUACAGGAGGAAAAAGAAAUAUCAUUUUAAUGGAAAAUUCACAAUACCAGGGACCAUUGAAUUGGUAAAAAAAAAAAAUUGGAAGGAAGAGAAACUCAGAACAGAUAGUAAAAAAGUGAAGUUAGACGAAGAAAUAGCAGCAGCUAUUAGAUGGGCAAAAACGGAGAAAAAAAGGUUAGUUAGAUGCUAAACCAAUAAUGUUUCUAAGAAAUGCAGACAACAGGGAGGUGCACCUGAGGCCUCUGCUCCUCUCUUAUCUGGCCCUGCGGGGGAGGAUCUACUGGCUCUCCUCCACUCUCUGGAAACAAGAAUGUGAUAAGCCUGUUUCCGCCUCUGCCAGCCACACCAGCGCAAACAAAGAAGUACAACUGGUGGUCUGGGCAAUUGGAGCAGAAUGACGGCCGGAGUGUUAAGUCCAGAGUCCUCUCCCAAAUUGAAAACUUUUGGGACUGACGGGGACCUGUAUCCCAUGAUCGAAGUGGCAAAUCCUGCAUAUGAAGGUGAAGGAGCCAGAGAAGGCAGAACAAUUCUUGUCUACAGACCUUGGUCAAAAGAAGAGAUUGUGAAAGCUUAACACCUUACAAAAGAGAUGGAGAAGAGUGGUGCUGGGAUGUGCCACAGCCGGUUAGCACAGAAGUAAAAGAGUGGAUUAAGAAACAUGAUGUAAACCUGGCCACUGGGGAGUUGGGGAAUCACGCGAGACAUGCUGAAAGUGUAGUACCAAAUCAAAAGAAAAAGAACGUCGUGAAGAAGACAGAGACAUUCUGGAGCGAUGAAGGAGAAGAGGAAGUCAAUUAUGUCGGCGGCAGAGGCCGUGGUCGUGGGAACGGAAGAGGAGGUUCUCAUGGUGGAAGAGAGAGUUGGAAUCGGUCAAAACGGAACGCAGAAGGUGGCUGGGAUUGUGGCAAAGGAGGACACGGCCGUGCGUGCGAGAGACAAAGGAAUUGCAGGACGUUCAGCGGGACUAGAUCAGUCUGAACGCAGACAAAUUGUAAAAGGGGACCGUGUUAGCGAGAUACAAAGAGAAAAUGGUAACAGCUAAUUAGAACAAGUAGACGUACACGCAGCAGAAGUUGAUUUAAGUUCAAAGACGAAACCUGGAGUUACUCCAGAAAGUUCCAAGUUUUGGUGUGAUUCAGGAGCAUGUAGAAUAGUGAGAAGAACAAAGAAAUGUUAAAAGAGAAAAUCAUUGUCAGAGUUGCUAGUGGAGCAAUAAAUAUCGACACCGUGACAAAAGCACUGGUUAUCUUUGAUCCAGAAACAGGAAACCGUGUUAGAGCACCCGAGUCGUGGCCCCACAGUUUCCAGUGAAUUUAUUAGGCAACUUGAAGAGGUACGGCAGCAUUUUUGUUUUAACCACGGAGCAGGAAGAGCUGCUAAACCAGCUUCCUGAUGAAUUAUGGAGAAAAAGCCGCUCUGAUGUUGACUUAAUGACAACGUGUGAGCCAGUGGAAAUUAGAGCCAGAGGCAAAUAUCGUGCGCGCCAAAAACAAUACCCAUUAAAGCAAGAUGUUAAAGGAAGUAUAGAGCCAGUCAUUAAUGGCUUGCUAAAAGCAGGAGUGUUCAUUGCACGUUCAGAUUGACCUUGCAAUCCGGCAAUAUCUCCCGUCAAGAAAGCACCCCCGUCAGGAGGACGGAGGAUGGUUCAUCAUUUGCAAGCAGUACACGCAGCAGUGAUUGCUAGAGCGCCAAGAGUGCCAGAUCCACACACGUUCGUAAAUCGUUUGGAUCCUGAAGCAAAAACUGUUUUCUGUUUGGAUUCAAGGAAUGCAUUCUUCUCUUUACCAGUGCACGCCGGCAGCAGAUUCUGGUUUGCAUUUACCUUUGAAGGAAAAAGAUACACGAUGACCUCAAGGAUAUUGUGAAAGUCCCACAAUCUUCUCCCAAGCAAUCAACACUCGCUUGAGCACAUUUGAUCCUCCACGCGGAAGUCAGAUUUUGACUUGCGUGGACGACAUUCUUGUGGCAUCACAAAAUGAACAGGACUGUGAAAAAGACACGUCGGCUCUGUUGCGACACCUUGUCAAAACAAAAAGUGAACAAAGCUAAAUUAGAAUUUUGCGUGAGAGAAGUGAAAUAUUGAGGAGGUCACAUGUUGACGGCAAGCGGUCGUCAUGUGGACCCAAUGAGAAAAGAAGCCAUCUUGUCAGCUCCACAACCUGAAACAAAACGACAAGAUGAUGUCUUUUUUGGCGCUGUGCAAUUAGUGCAAGAGUGAUUAUUAUGCAACACCGUUGCAUCAUUUGAUUUAUGAAACACCAACGACAAUGUCAGACAAAAUUCAAUGGACAGAGGAAGGAGAACGAGCAUUGUGUCAAUUGAAAAGAAGGUUGGCGGGAACAGCAGUUGUGGGCGUUACCAAAUGAUGAAAAACCAUUUGAACCGACAGUUGGUUGUCGAAACGGUCACACGGCCUCAGUUUUGUUGCAAAAACAUGGAGCGACCCAAAUAAUGAAGCAAUCACAAUAAAUCCAUCCUCCCGAAAGGCUUGUUUAAGUGGGCAGGAAUUCUGAGUCAUGGGCCUUGCCAUGUCUCAACAGAAGGGACGGUGCAGAUAGCGGAACAACGCUUUACUGCAUGCGGAUGCGAUCAUUUCUCUAAAACCUUUUUGUCGCGCGUGUGUGGCUUGUGCGAAACAUAAUUCACGAGGCAAAUCAGGCCCAAGAGACGCCGAGUUCCACAAGUGCAGUAUCCUUUUCAAGCGGUGCAUAUGGAUUGUAUUGAAUUGAAUCAAGUAGGACAAUACAAAUAUUGCCUAUUACUGUGGCAAAGGCAUUGUGUGAAUAUAUCGUGCCCCGCGGGGUAUGGCAUGCCACAAAUCAUUUGGAGUGACAACGGAAGUCAUUUUGUAAAUGAGGAAAUGGAGGCAUCCGGUUAAAGCGCCGUUGUUCAUAUCAUCCACAAAGUGCAGGAUUGGUGGGAAGGACAGUAGAGUCCGUUUGAAUUUCUGUACGGAAGACCAUUUCAAUUACCCAUUGUAAAUAGCCCGUUAAGUCCGGAGCAAAUGGAAGAAAUGGAUUCAAGCGACUAUAUGAGGGAAGGAUUUAACGACAAGGAAGUGACAGUCUAAUCGAAUGCCAGAUGAAUCAGCUCACCCGGUUGUGAGGUUAAAGAGGAGGAUGCCGUUCGUGUGGCACAGCUUGACGCCGGCAUCGGGUGCAGGUGGAGAUGGGCCUGGCCAAAACCAAAAAAGGAAAGAAAUGAGGCAAAUUCAAUUUCAAUCCUAAAUUUCUACAUCAACAUGGACUUGAGCGGUGUAAAUAAAUGUUUUUCUGCGGGAAGAAACGUGUUUACUUUGCCUUAUUGUACUCUUCAGAGUCUUCCAGAUUGCUUAAUUUAUGUUCAAAUCCAAAAUAUUCUCUCCCCCAGGC